AUGUAUAAGCUGAAUAAAUUAACACUAGUUCAUAACACUGACCUUGCUCCAGAAACAACCGUAUAUGUUGGUGCAACAUGGUACGUGACUUAUCUGGAAUUGAUUAUUAAAUCAAAUCGAAAUGAAAUUCGGGAAGAAGAUAUUAUAAGCACAAUCACUGAAUUACUUUAUAGGCCGAAUAAACUGGAAACGCUUACGCUUAGAGUGCAAGGUCUAAGAAACCAGUACUUAUCGCUGCAAAACUUAACGCAAACAUUCUUUACAAACUUCACUGCGCUCAGGCAGCUUGACUUAGCCGGAAAUAAUAUGAAAAUGUUGGACGCAAACAUCUUUGCAGCACUAAGACAGCUGAAUUGUUUGAAUUUGAGCCGAAAUAAAAUCCGAGAAUUGCAUGAAGAUCUAUUUGCAAAUCAGCGUCAACUUUUGAUACUGGAUCUGAGUCACAAUUUAUUGGCAUAUUUAAAGCCUGACCUUUUCAAGCAUACUCCUUGGUUAUGGCAGUUGAAACUUGCUGGCAAUCACCUGUACAACACCACACAUCUUAUGGAAAAUCUGAAACCGCUGCAUUAUCUACAUAGGCUGGACAUAAGCCAGAACCAACUGCAAGCUAUUUGGAGCACCGAGACGUCCUUCAAAAAAACGCCAAGAUUACUGACAAAUUUUCGGGUCAACACGAGUUCGGCUUUAGUCGAGAGUCUUAAUUAUAUUACGAAGUUGCAUCCAAAAAAUUACGAAGGUGUCAAGAUUAACUCAACAGUAAUAAAUCUAAGUGGCAAUCGUUUGCGUGAAAUCACUUUGGAUUGGCUUGUAGCUGCGAACAUCACAUGCCCUUUUGAAAUAAACUUAGAGCACAAUUUGAUUGAAAAUAUUUUUGCUUUACAAAAUUUCUCCAGUGCGGCUGCUAAUUGUGUGUCCAAAAUCAAACUAACUGGUAAUCCGAUCGUGUGCGAUUGUAAAUUGGCUUGGAUUUACAGUGAAAACUAUCGUUCGCUGUUCAAUGGCUUAMAGUGUGUUCAGACGUCAACCAAAUUAGUAAAAGAUCUCGCGCAGCUGGAACGUAAUGAGCUGUGUACUUGGGAACCAGUAAUGUGCCCCAGAAAAUGCAAUUGUUACACACAAUUUCAAUUCCUGCACAUCAAUUGCAAGGGUGCGCAACAUAUCGAACAGCUCCCACGCCCCGAACAAGUUGGGCUCAAGAGUUCGGUACUCGAUAUUAGCAAUAACAAUUUCAUUGAAYUGCCGYUAAACACCACCUUCGGCUAUGGUAACGUUUCGCAACUCAACGCGUCGUUCAACAAGAUCAUGAGCAUAAAUCUCAGUCAACUGCCAAUCAAUUUGACGGUUUUGGAUCUACGAAAUAAUCGCUUAAAAUUUUUGAAUGAUGAAUUUUUACGUACAUACCUCAAUGAGAGCACAAAACUACAAUUUCUYUAUCUAAGUGAUAAUCAUUGGAUUUGCGACUGUUCCACGCAGCAAUUGGUGUACACCAUACGUACACAUCGGAGACGGAUCCCCGAUGCCGACCAGUUACACUGUUACUCUGUUACUCUGCUGAACGAUACACUCCUAAUAGACAAUGAGCGAGAAAUAUGCCCAACUCCUGUUAAUGUUGAAUAUUAUCAAAAGUUGAAUAAAACUGUAAUUAGUGUAGCGUCAACCAUUAUUAUAUUUCUUUGUAUUAUCGCACUCUUCUAUAAAUAUAAAUUAGAAGUGGAAGUCUGGUUAUAUAGCCACAAUAUAUUGAGAUUUUGCAUUCGCGAAUGUGAGUUGGAUAAACAUAAAACCUUCGAUGCGUUUAUUUCAUAUGCACACCAGGAUGCAAACUUCGUCAACCAUACAUUAUUGCCGCAACUCGAACAGUGCGAACCACCAUUUUUUGUAUGCACACACGAACGCAAUUGGCUGGCUGGCGCUUAUAUACCUGAACAAAUCAUCGAAUCGGUGGAACAGUCGCGUCGGACGAUCAUUGUGCUCUCGCAGCACUUCAUCGAGUCGGAUUGGGCGCGCAUGGAGUUUCGCACAGCGCAUCAGUGCUCGUUAAACGAGGGUCGUGCGCGCAUAAUAAUGAUUAAAUAUGGAGAAAUCACGAAAAGCGACUUAUUGGAUAGAGAAUUAAGGGCAUAUUUGGAUAUGAAUACAUACCUGGAUUGGCAAGACGUCAGAUUUUGGGACAAAUUACGCUACGCCAUGCCACAUAAAGUGGGUAGAGAGCGGAGUUCCGAUAUGUUAAAAAUUAACGGCAGAAUGUAUGUUAUGGGACAAGUUGAGACGAAUCAUUUGCAUGAAGAAAUUGUUUAAAUUUGUCACAGUUGCAGGAUGUUACUUAGUGAAAUCUUCCGAUUCUUCUAUGACACAAAGAGUUGCUUAAAAUUUUGCUAAUCAGAGAUAGAUUGAGAUAACCUGGCCAACCUGCUUACCAA